AUGCGCCUUCCCGGCAUCCUGGCUACUCUAGCCCUGGCCGCGGCCACCGGUCCCCGUGUUGUCAGCGCCCAGGACCUGGACUCGCUGGUAGCGGAAGCGACGUCUCUGGUGUCGAGCGCGGCGUCCAUCAUCGGCACAGACACGGCCACGGAGCCGCUCAUCACGAGCGUCGAGUCCGCCAUCCAGAGCGCCACUAGCGCCUUGUCCCUAACCGGCUCGCAGGGGAGUCUGGUCUCGUCAUACAUCUCCGAGGCGAGUACCGCUCUAGCUUCCGCCACGACGUCGGCAGCGGCUGCGACAACAGCGGCAAGCAGCACCGGUGGAGCUGCUGAUACGGCGGUCCGGUCGGCUAGGGGUAUCUUUGUGCCAGCGUUCGUGGUGGGAGUUGCUGCACUAUUGUAG